UGUUACAGAGAGAAAAAACUUAAACACAAACACAGGAGGAAUAAAACGAAUAAGUGGGCCGUUUCAAAGGAUACUCGCCCUUACUACUACUACCAGCGAGUUCGAUUAACUAACAACAAAGCGACUCGUAUAAACUUUGCUUCAUUAUCAUCAGAGGAUAAGUAGGACACUUCAAGAUGAGUCUUAUGUCAAAAGAUGAAAAUGGUCCAGGGUUUGUUGGAAUCAGGUUUUGUCAAGAGUGUAACAAUAUGUUGUACCCCAGAGAAGAUAAAGAAAACAAAAUUCUUCUCUAUGCGUGCAGAAACUGUGACUACAAGAUGCCAACCAAUAAUAAUUGUAUUUAUGUUAACAAGCUGAUGCAUGAAAUUGAUGAGUUACGACACAUCAACCCAGAAGUCAUACAGGAUCCAACAUUGCCUCGAACAGAUGAUCAUCCAUGUCCACGCUGCAACUCCAGAGAAGCAGUCUUUUUCCAGGCUCAGACCAGAAGAGCUGAAGAUGAAAUGAGACUGUAUUAUGUUUGUUGUAAUGCAGAGUGUACCCAUCGCUGGACUGAAUGAAUUAAUGAAUUACUUUCUCCUGUCAAGAUUUUACUGAAGUACUGCUUUAUACCCCUUUGGAUUAUUCUAAUAAAGGAAAUGUCAAUUAGCACUUUA